AUGAUGAAUCCAGUGAUGAACAUGCCGGGGACGUGGGGCACUAUCGGAUCAACUCUGCUUACAGUAAUCUUCUUCUGGGACAUGUUACGACGAUACUGUCCACCAGAGCUCCGUCGGUACCUGGAGAAAUGCAGCAUUAGAGUAUCACAAUUCUUGAAUCCAUAUGUUCAGAUAUCCAUACAUGAAUACCUGGGCAGUCAUCUCAGGCCUCAUGAGGCCUACAGCAUAGUUGAGGCAUACCUGAGUCUCAACUCGUCGAAACACGCCAAGCGGCUCAAGGCGGAGAUGACAAAGGACAAUGACAGUAAGCUGAUGCUGAGCAUGGAUGAGUAUGAGCGUACGACGGAUGAGUUUAACGGGGUUCAAGCAAGAAACAGGCAGAGGAAGCUGUACACAAAUGGGCACAGCAAGUCGUACUGGAGUCAUAUUGUGUUUGAACAUCCCGCGAAAUUUGAGACUCUUGCGAUGGAGAAGAAGAAAAAGGAGGAAAUCAUUGAGGAUCUGCUGACUUUUACCAAGAGUAAGGAUUUCUAUGCAAGAAUUGGAAAGGCAUGGAAGAGGGGUUAUUUACUGUAUGGUCCCCCUGGAACUGGGAAAUCAACAAUGAUUGCUGCUAUGGCUAAUUUGUUGGACUAUGAUGUUUAUGAUCUUGAGCUUACAUCAGUGAAGGACAACACAGAACUCAGAAGGCUUUUGACGGAGACGACAGCUAAAUCAAUCAUUGUGAUAGAGGACAUCGACUGCUCUCUUGAUUUAACAGGGCAAAGGACAAAGAGAAAGGAGAAAUCUGAGACCGACAGUGAGAAGAAAGAAGGUUCUCGUAAGGAGAAGGAAGAGAGUGGCAGCAAGGUUACCCUGUCAGGACUGCUAAAUUUCAUAGACGGACUGUGGUCUGCCUGUGCAGGCGAGAGACUAAUUGUAUUCACAACAAACUAUAUAGACAAGCUCGACCCAGCUCUCACAAGAAGGGGUCGUAUGGAUAAACAUAUCGAACUUUCUUACUGCACAUAUGAAGGAUUUAAGGUGCUUGCAUACAAUUACCUAGAACUUGAAGCACAUCCAUUGUUCCAGUCAGUUGCAGAGUUGAUUAAAGCGGUUGACAUUACACCAGCUGAUGUUGCAGAAAACCUCAUGCCAAAAUCUGCAAAGGAAGGCCCAGAGGAAUGUCUUCUGAAUCUCAUUCACGCUCUUGAGGAAGCAAAGAGCAGACAGAUCACGAAGUGCACAGAAGAACUGAAAUACAAAGAUCCCUACCACGACCGCUGCUCCACAAGAAAAGCCUGAGAUAUAAUCCAUAUGUAAAAUAGAUGAAAUCGAGUUAAGUUCUUGAAAGACCAAUGUAGUGAAAUUAAAUAUUCAUAAGUCAUGGGAGGUAUAUUAACCGGAGCCCAGAAAACUAGAGCGCUUACUGUAUUAGAAGUAAUCCACCAUUAUCCAUCUGGACAUUUUCCUACAUAAUAAAUUUGACACUCAAUAGAAAUGUCAUCC